AGCUGGUGCUUCGCCCGCGACCCAGCGUCUAGGCGUGCCGCCCCGAGAGGAGCCGCGCGAAGGUCACCCCGCGCCCGCCAGUCCGCCGCCCGCGCCUCUGCCGAGCUCCGCGCGCCCGCCGGCCCCGCCGCGUCUCCGCCCGCCCGCCCGUCCGUCAGUCCGUCCGUCAGUCCGUGCGCGCCCCGCCGCAGCCCCGGCCCCCCGAGCGCCAUGAACCAGAUAGAGCCCGGCGUGCAGUACAACUACGUCUACGAAGAUGACGAGUACAUGAUCCAGGAGGAGGAGUGGGACCGCGACCUGCUCCUCGACCCGGCCUGGGAGAAGCAGCAGAGGAAGACCUUCACGGCCUGGUGUAAUUCCCACCUAAGGAAAGCUGGCACCCAGAUUGAGAACAUCGAGGAGGACUUCAGGAAUGGCCUUAAACUCAUGCUGCUUUUGGAAGUCAUCUCAGGGGAAAGGCUACCGAAACCUGACCGAGGAAAAAUGCGAUUCCACAAAAUUGCUAAUGUCAACAAAGCGUUGGAUUACAUAGCCAGCAAAGGCGUGAAACUGGUGUCCAUCGGGGCUGAAGAAAUUGUGGAUGGCAACGUGAAAAUGACGCUGGGUAUGAUCUGGACCAUCAUCCUUCGCUUUGCUAUUCAGGAUAUUUCAGUUGAAGAAACCUCUGCCAAAGAAGGUCUCCUGCUUUGGUGUCAAAGGAAAACCGCUCCUUAUAGAAAUGUGAAUAUUCAGAACUUCCACACCAGCUGGAAAGACGGCCUUGGACUCUGUGCGCUCAUCCACAGACACCGGCCCGACCUCAUUGACUACUCAAAGCUUAACAAGGAUGACCCAAUAGGAAAUAUUAACCUGGCCAUGGAAAUUGCAGAGAAACACCUGGAUAUUCCCAAAAUGCUGGAUGCUGAAGAUUUAGUAUACACUGCCAGACCCGAUGAGAGAGCCAUAAUGACUUAUGUUUCCUGUUACUAUCAUGCUUUUGCUGGUGCACAGAAGGCCGAGACAGCAGCUAACAGGAUAUGUAAGGUUCUUGCUGUGAAUCAAGAGAAUGAGAGGCUGAUGGAAGAAUAUGAGAGGCUAGCAAGUGAGCUGUUGGAAUGGAUCCGUCGCACGAUCCCCUGGCUGGAGAACCGGACCCCUGAGAAGACCAUGCACGCCAUGCAGCAGAAGCUGGAGGACUUCCGGGACUAUCGGCGCAAGCACAAGCCGCCCAAGGUGCAGGAGAAGUGCCAGCUGGAGAUCAACUUCAACACGCUGCAGACCAAGCUUCGGAUCAGCAACCGGCCCGCCUUCAUGCCCUCCGAGGGCAAGAUGGUGUCGGAUAUCGCCGGCGCCUGGCAGAGGCUGGAGCAGGCGGAGAAGGGCUACGAGGAAUGGCUACUCAACGAGAUUCGGAGGCUGGAACGCGUGGAGCACCUGGCGGAGAAGUUCAAGCAGAAGGCUUCGACGCAUGAAACAUGGGCUUACGGCAAGUACACUAGCCUGGGGUUGGGCAAAGAGCAGAUCUUGCUGCAGAAGGACUAUGAGUCGGCCACGCUGACCGAGGUCCGGGCCAUGCUGCGGAAACACGAGGCGUUCGAGAGCGACCUGGCGGCGCACCAGGACCGGGUGGAGCAGAUAGCGGCCAUCGCGCAGGAGCUCAAUGAACUGGACUACCAUGAUGCCGUGAAUGUCAAUGAUCGGUGCCAGAAAAUCUGUGACCAGUGGGACAGAUUGGGAACGCUUACUCAGAAGAGGAGAGAAGCCUUGGAGAGAACUGAGAAAUUGCUAGAAACCAUCGAUCAGCUUCACCUGGAGUUUGCCAAGAGAGCUGCCCCUUUCAACAAUUGGAUGGAAGGAGCUAUGGAGGAUCUGCAGGACAUGUUUAUUGUGCACAGCAUCGAGGAGAUCCAGAGUCUGAUCACUGCGCAUGAGCAGUUCAAGGCCACGCUGCCCGAGGCGGAUGGUGAGCGGCAGUCCAUCAUGGCCAUCCAGAACGAGGUGGAGAAGGUGAUCCAGAGCUACAGCAUCAGAAUCAGUUCCAGCAAUCCCUACAGCACUGUGACCGUGGAUGAGCUGCGGGCCAAGUGGGACAAGGUGAAGCAGCUUGUGCCCAUCCGGGAUCAGUCCCUGCAGGAGGAGCUGGCCCGUCAGCAUGCCAAUGAGCGUCUGCGUCGCCAGUUUGCUGCACAGGCCAAUGCCAUCGGGCCGUGGAUCCAAAACAAGAUGGAGGAGAUUGCCCGGAGCUCCAUCCAGAUCACAGGAGCCCUGGAAGACCAGAUGAACCAGCUGAAGCAGUAUGAGCACAACAUCAUCAACUACAAGAACAACAUCGACAAGCUAGAGGGAGACCAUCAGCUCAUCCAGGAGGCCCUGGUCUUUGACAACAAGCACACCAAUUACACCAUGGAGCACAUUCGUGUUGGGUGGGAGGUGCUGCUGACGACCAUCGCCAGAACCAUCAAUGAAGUGGAGACCCAGAUCCUGACGAGAGACGCGAAAGGCAUCACCCAGGAGCAGAUGAAUGAGUUCAGGGCCUCCUUCAACCACUUUGACAGGAGGAAGAAUGGCCUGAUGGAUCACGAAGAUUUCCGAGCCUGCUUGAUUUCCAUGGGUUAUGAUUUGGGCGAAGCUGAAUUUGCCCGCAUCAUGACCCUGGUGGAUCCCAAUGGACAGGGCACCGUCACCUUCCAGUCCUUCAUCGACUUCAUGACUAGAGAGACGGCGGACACGGACACGGCCGAGCAGGUCAUUGCCUCCUUCCGGAUCCUGGCUUCUGAUAAGCCGUACAUCCUGGCAGAAGAGCUCCGUCGAGAGCUGCCACCCGAUCAGGCCCAGUACUGCAUCAAGAGGAUGCCCGCCUACUCCGGGCCGGGCAGCGUGCCCGGCGCCCUGGAUUACACCGCGUUCUCCUCCGCCCUGUAUGGGGAGAGUGAUCUGUGAUGCUGGGGCCCUGUAACCACUGAUCCCAUCAGAACGCAAUAAAAGCUGGAGUCACAGUUGGUUUCUUGGAA